AUGCAAGCUUUUCCUUGGUAUCUCCUUGGCCUGCAUGCGAUAUGCGCCAUGGCCGCGUUAUCUGAUUGCGACAUUCCGCCCAUACAACAGUUCGUUACGAGUUAUGCGGGAGCAACAGUCACAUUGGCUCAGGUUCUACAGCAGAAUGCUACCUUCGGUGGCGGCGCGGCCGACCUUGAGUUUCCCAUGAAUGACACAGGUCUACCAGCCUUGUGCGUGGUGACGGUCAACGUCAAAUCCUCCAACACCUCGUCCUAUAACUUCGGCCUGUUUCUACCGAAUCAGUGGAACAAUCGCUUUAUAGCCUCUGGAAAUGGGGGAUAUGCAGGUGGAAUCAACUGGAAUGACAUGGGCACGAACGCUCGAUAUGGAUUCGCAUCUAUGUCGACGGACACUGGCCACAUUUCCGGUUCAUUCGACGCAGGCUGGGCACUCAACAAUCCCGAGGCUCAACUCGACUGGGGUUAUCGCUCAAUGCACGGCUCAGUUGUUGUCGCAAAGAUGAUCACCAAUGCAUACUAUGACACAAACAUCGAUUACUCGUACUAUUCUGGCUGUUCCACGGGUGGUCGACAAGGUUUCAGAGACAUUGAGUUGUAUCCAGAGGACUUUGACGGCAUCCUGGCGGGAGCACCUGCCUGGUGGACGACUCAUCUUCAACCAGACAACACCGCUGUAGGAUUAUCCAACCUCCCCGCCAAUGCUCCUGCGCAUAUUCCAUCAUCAUUGUUCCCAGUGAUUGGAGCGGAGGUCCUCCGACAAUGCGACCCUCAGGACGGCUUCAAGGAUGGCAUCAUCUCGGACCCCGAAGGCUGCAACUUCGUGCCAGAAAUGCUUCUUUGCACCCCGUCUUCGAAUCAGAGUGCAUGCCUUACUGCACCUCAGCUAGACACAUUGUACCGCAUCUAUAAUGAUUGGUGGGAGGCCAACCAGACCUUCGUUUUUCCACACUACGAGCUGGGCUCUGAGGCCCAGUACGGCUUCCUGCUGAACACCGAUUCAGGAGCCCCGACACAGCCUGGCAUUGCUUGGAUCCAGAACUUUCUCUACAACGACACCACUUGGGAUUGGCACGAUUUCACGUAUCAAGUGAUCCUCGACGCGGACAGAAUCAAUCCAGGCAAAGCCAACGUCGGCUUCGACUUGACCGGCUUUUACAACCGCGGUGGCAAGAUCAUCCAAUAUCACGGCCUGGCGGACGGUCUGAUACCGACUGCAAGCUCUGAGCUUCUGUACAAGAACAUCUGGAGAACUAUGGGUGCCGCAGGUAUUGUCCUGGACGAUUGGUAUCGUCUAUUCUUGAUUCCAGGCAUGCAGCACUGUCAAGGAACAGCCGUCGAUGCACCGUGGUACAUCGCCUCGAGCGGACAACCCUUCGAGCUGGGCCCAGAAGUUUGGAGUGUACCCGGAUAUAGUGAUUCUAAACACGACGCGUUGUUGGCCCUCUUGGAAUGGCGAGAGAAUGGGACGGCACCGGAGUCUAUAAUUGCGACCAAGUUUAACAAUGACACCGUCACGGCCGGCAUACAUCGGCAGCGACCGAUCUGUAUGUUUCCCAUGCAGGCAAAGUACACAGGCGAAGGAGAUCCUGAUAUCGCCGACAAUUGGCGUUGUCAGCUACCGUACUGA